UUAAGCAGACCUGUCACAAAUAACCUUUCUGUUUGCUUUUAAAUUAUGCAGAUUCAGUUUUUUUAAUAAUUAUUAUUGAUUUGUUUAUUUAUUUAUUUUAGCCCCGAAAAGAAAACUACACAUUUCAGGUGGUAUGUUGCAUUUUCUAUAAAAGUUACCAUCCACCAAAGCCAGUUUUUACUGGCAUCUAGUGCUUGGUGAGUGUUCAUUUUGGACCUUGCCUCCAGGUAUUACAGACUAUAAAAAGACCUGACCACAGGUUCUUGCUCAGAGUUCAGAGAGCUAGUUCAGCCACAGCAGUGCUUUGAAGCCACACCACAAGCCACACAUGCCCAGUUGCAUUAACAUAUGUUGCCUGAGAAGUCUGUAAUAUGCUCUCAAAUAACAUUGUCAUUUUUCAGGACUGAACCGACGCUCCGCCUCUACAGUAAUGCGUUGUCAAUAAAAAUGGGAGGCAGCGGAUCCAAAACCAAAGGAGUCUGGCCUUUUAGCAGCUCAGGAGCUGGAGGAGAAGCUCCCGGUGAGGUCAACGAACAGUGUUUAGCACGUCUACGAGGCUCCAAGAACACAACACCAUUUGUCUUUACAAGGAGAAGUUCCUUGUAUUUCGAUGAAGAUGGAGAUCUGGCUCAUGAAUUUUAUGAGGAGACUGUGGUGACCAAGAACGGCAGAAAGAAAGCUAAACUGAAGAGAAUCCAGAAAAACCUUAUACCUCAGGGAGUCAUUCAGUUGGAUCACCCACGAAUCCACGCUGACUUCCCUGUCAUCCUGUGUGAAAUAUAAGCACACAGACUCUGUGGGAAGUGUCAUGACUCUAGGAGCGUCACAAUCACUCAAGACUUCCUUCCACCUUCGGUGUUCUUCUGAAAGGAUGCUGUGGCUCUCUGUUACGACAGCGAGGGCAUUCUGCCCUUCACUUGACCAAAAACAUGAAUCAUAUUUUCUGAUUUGUGUAUAGACAGCAGACAUACGAUGUCUUGUCUUCUGUGAUGUACAGUAAGGAAUGCAUGUGCAGUGAGAGCGUGUAAGCAUGGAGCCUAAAGCAAUGCAGGGAUUGUACAUAAAUCACUCGUGUGUUUAAUGUCAUAUAUUCUAAUAUUCUGUUAUAUCAAAGUCUGACUCUGUUUUUUGGGUUGCAACCCACAUCUGCACUUUUUUCUCAUUUAUUGUACAGUAAAUUAUGAAUUGAUAUACUUGAAUAAAAGUGUUUAGCAGAUUACAUUGUAGUAAUUAUGUAACUCAAUGUAAAUGUUUAUAAUAACAUGAAAUUAAAGUCACAGUCCAUAAAGUGAAACUAAAUAUUCAGUGAGAAAAGACAGUGCUAAAAGGAAAUUGGAGACUGAGGAUGUUUAUUAAAUGAUUUACAAUUUGUCGGCACCAUAUCAGUUAUUAGUCGAUAUUAGAAUAAUUGAAUACAGCUGUAUAAGCUGAUAUUGG